AUGCAACUCAGCCCUCUGCAAUCGCGACUGGCGGCCUCGCUGAUUGCGUCGCUACUGCUCAUUAUUCUCUACUAUCUACUGUCUACGCCUACCUUCGCCCUCGCUGCGGAAUUGAACAGCGCUACACAACCAAUCCUUGACGACAUCCAAUUCGACCACACUCUCGAGCAAAGAAGCAACCCCGAGUCCACCUACGAGCCUGAAUUCGCUGCCUUCGACCGCAGUAUCAUUGGAAGAGCACCCGCCGGUGUAACGGGUCUGACGAAUAAUGUUCAAGUGAACCGAAAUGUCCCCGGAAAUACGACCCAGAACUUUGUCUUCGAGGCUAUCACAAUCUUUGCCAACUUCUUCGAUGGGACGGACGAGGCGUUCGUAGUAGAACGUCGCCAAGGAAGCAAUGAGCCCAUCACACCGGAGCUAGUCAGCAUCGAAGGCGUCAAGCCAGAGGACGAAGAGCGCGGCCUACGCCGCAGGCAAGCUCAGGGAAGGACCGUGUACAUCUCAGCGACCACGUGCAUACAGCCACAGCGUGCGGCGAACAACACGGAGGAGGACGCGCCACAGAUCACCAUGUACAUUUCGACGUCUCAGGACAAUCAGACACCCGGACCGGGACAGAAUUCUACUUUACAAAAGGCGAUCACUUUCGAAGAAGGCGCGGUAACCUACAGCAUAAAUGCCACAGGUGACGUCUUUAUUGGAAUAGGCGCACCCCCAAAGGACACCGACAUGUUCACAGGAGACUGGAACUUCGAUGUUGCGGCGUCGACCGACGACUACUUCCACAGCUUUGAUGGGAAUCCUUCCGAGCUCCUCUGGGUUGACAGUGACUCCAGUGCUGCACUCCUGACGACACAGAACUUGACGACCUCUCAGAAUGAGACUUUGAUACAGGAGAUCAUGCAGCAAGGUCCCCCAUUCAUCAUGUUCGUCGAGAACCGAGAGCAGCCCACUACCAAAGGCGUUCGACAUUCUAUGUGCGGACUGGAGAAUUACGCUCAAAUCGCUGCGAAGAAGGGCGGCAAAUUUGGCAACCUCGCCAGCACUCUCAUGACUACGAGAGGCGCAGGCAAUCUACCUAAACAGCAGUUCUUCUUCAACGGACUCAACGCAAGUGCUCUCUACACGGGUAUCCUGGUCCGCACUAGCAAUCUGUCACCUUCGAAAAAGCGUCAAGAUGGCGGUCAAAGUGGCGGCGGAGGGAAGGUUUUUGAAGCGACGCCAUUUGAGACCAAGGAUGGAGAUAACUGCAAGAUCGUCACAGACCUACAAUUUUGCAAUGAGACGGAGUACGCUGUGCCCGCCAACUCUAACAAGAUGAAUAUCACUCAGCUUGCGCAGUUCUACGACAACUAUGCUAGAGAUAUGUACGCCAACUUCCAGAAGCAGCUUGCCCAGGUAGCUUGCGAGGCGCCAGCAGUACAACAGUACUCUCUCGCGCGAAACUGUUCCGACUGCGAGACUGCAUACAAGAAGUGGCUGUGCUCGGUGACGAUUCCGCGAUGCGAGGAUUUUACGAGUCCUACCAACUUUUCAUUAGUUCGGAACGUAAACCAAACGUUUCCGAACGGAACCCUUCUCCCAAUCGACCAGCAAAGCAAAUAUGAUUCCAGGGUUAAUCAGCAUUCGAGAAAUCCUCUCAUCGACGAGAUGGUCGAACCAGGUCCGUACCGGGAGAUUCUCCCCUGCGCCUACCUCUGCUAUGACUUGGUACAAAGUUGUCCGGCUUCGCUAGGUUUCGAUUGUCCCACCCCGGAUGACGAUAUUUUCAAUUCGAGCUACGCGGAACAGGGUGAUGGCCUGACCUGCAACUAUCCAGGCGCUGUUCACAACCCGUCGAGAUCCUCAGUGCUAUCAAUUUCAUGGGGUCUACUAUCGGCACUCGUUCUUGGUACACUCAGCGCAGUCAUACUCUAG